GCGUAUUUUACGAACUGGGGAAGUAGCAGCAGCAGAAGUCCAGAAACGGGGAGAAAUCGAAGAAAGUGGAGGCGACCAUAAAGGGUUCUCGGGACGGUGCGGCACAGGGAUUCUGCAGGAAAUGAGGGCUGCGGGAUCUCAGAGGGAAGAGAGCAAUCAGAGGUGCCAGGCGAAAGAGCAAGAUCGAGUCACCAUGACCACCAUCCAAGCCACGAAGGAUCCCCUCCUCCGGGAUCCUACACCCAGCAAGAUCCCAGUACGCUCUCGGAGACGCCCGCCUUUCCUCACAGUCAAACCGAGCGCCCAGGACCAGGAGAACCAAGAUCCAAGGACUCUGAUGGAGAAGUCUCAGCUCAGUAUUCAACGUAACUUUGUUGACUCAGCAGGCCCCAGUUCGAAAGCCACACACCAAACAGAGAAAUCACAAAGGUCGAUGGCGAUCACUCAGCUUCGGAACCCCCUGGAGGAGCUCAGGCCUAGCCCUGGGGAACAAAAUUCGGGGCUUGGGCCCCCUCCACAAACAGAAGCUCCAGGGCCUAUAGAAUUUGUGGCUGACCCUGUAGCCCUGGCUACCAUCCUAUCAGGUGAGGGGGUGAAGAGCUGUCCAAUGGGGCGUCAGUCCAGCCUGGCUCAGAGAGUACUGGUUCGAGAGAGCCAGGGAGGUACCAUCCGGCGGGGCCAGGUUUCUCGGGCCUCUGCAUACUUGGCCCCCAGGACCCCCAUGCACCAACUAGGCCCUGCCAGGGCUUCCUGCUUUUCAAGGCUGGAGGGAUCUGGACCCCGGGGUUUGACUUUGUGUCCCCAGAGGCUGAAGGCUCUGGCUCUACCUUCAGGAUCUUUUCAUGCCUCUACUCGCCCUCAUUUACAGGAGCUCAGAAGAGAGACAAGUGGCAAGAACUGGACUUCAGUGAGCCAGGUCUCAGGAUUGCUCCUGGAAACCCCUGCGCAGCCUGCUUCUCUCUCUGAAGAACAUGAAAGGAUACCUCAUUCAGAUGAAGGAGGAGGAGCUCUCCUAGGUCUGGCCCAGCGAGUACCUUUAAGAGAGACAGCACACCCUAGGGAUGGCCUGAUGGCCUCCUCUGCUCCUUUGGCCCAGUCCAUGCCUGGCCGUGUGGUACCGCCUUCUGUCACCCAUCCGUCACCCUUUGGACGGGCUCAGCGUGUACCCUCGCCUGGCAUCCCUGCUCUGGUUUGUAUUGAAAACUUGGGGGGUGAGCAGGAACAGAACAAUCUGGCCAGAGAACCCUGUUGGCCUGGGUGUUUUUCCUGCUCAGCCAUCCGCCUACCUCCCCAGACUUCAUUUUCAUUAUUGCAGCGUCUCGCCAUUCGACCCAAAACCCAGUUCACUCCAUCCACCCCCAGAGUUCAGCAGGCCCAAUGGUUGAGUGACCUCACCCCUCAGUCCUGUCCUGAAGAGCUUGCUCUGCCUUGGGAGCAGAUUGCUGUACGGUUGUUUGACCAGGACAGUGGUGUAAGGUUGCAGGAACAGUCUGGGAAACCAGCCGUGGCAAGUCCUGGAUCACACCCGAAUGGAGCCCUCAACUUCCAGGAGCUAAAAAUGCAGCGCAUCAGUAUCCUGCAGCAGUUAUUGCGUCAGGAGGUAGAAGGGCUGGCAGUGGACAAGUAUGCCCACCUUAAUGGAAGCUGCUCUCUGGAUAUGGCUGAACUUCAGCCCCUGCUGGCUGAGAUUUCUAGGACCCUGAAUGCCCCAAAGCAUAACUCUGGAACAUCCCACCUUCCUGAACUGUCACAACACUCCAAGCUGCCAGAGCCCUGCCCUUCAGAGGAGUGUGGGGAAGCACAGCCCUGCUCUGGGGUGACAGAACCAGAGCCAGACGUGAUACAACCCUGCCCACCAAUGGAGCCAGGGCCUCCAGAGUCUUGCUCUGAGGUUAGGCCAGAGACACCAGAGUCCCCUUCCCAGAAGCAGCCUGAGAAAGCAGAGCCCUGCCCACCAGUAGAGCCUGGACCCCUUCAGCCUAGCCCCCAGGGACAGACUGUGUCCGAAGAGGCCUGUCCUACUGUAGGGUUGGGGACUUGCUGCCUGGAACCAAAAUGCCUAGAGGCCAGUCCAUGGCGCUGCUGCAGUCAGAGGGCUGCAGCAACCACCAGCCUGACCUUCUCUUCCCAACGCCCCCUUUGUGCUAGCCCCCCUAUCUGCUCACUGCAGUCUACAAGGCCCCUGACAGGCCAGGCAGGUCCUAGCAGUCUGGCCCCUCAAACACUGGCCCUGAGGCAGCGCCUCAAAGCAUGUCUCACUGCUAUCCACUGCUCCCAUGAGGCUCGACUGGACGAUGAGUGUGCCUUUUACACUAGCCGAGUCCCUUCCCCAGGCCCAACUCGGGUCUGUACCAACCCUGUGGCCACACUGCUUGAAUGGCAGGACGCCCUGUGUUUCAUUCCGGUUGGUUCUGCAGCUUCUCAGAGCUCUCCAUCCUGAGGCUCCCACCUCCACCCACUCCCACCCUCCCCAGAUCACCCCUUCCCUUUAGUCCUUAUUUAUUUGGUGUUCCCAUGGAACUGGGGCCCAACAUUCUUUUAUUAACUUUAAUAAAGUUUCUAUAGUCUUUGAA